AUGUGCCUUUGGGCGCCUUGGGUGUACAUGGGGGACAUGGAGGCGGACAGCAUGUCGGAGCUCCUCGCCCUGGACGCAGAGGCCUUCUGCGCCGCGCUGUCCCAGAAUUGGGACACGCAGCAGGCCGCAAGUGUCUAUGCCCAGCGGUUCCUCAUGGUCAUGGAGAAGAAGCAGUCACUCUCCGAUGUUUUUGUGGAUGACGACCACGAGCUGGACUCCGAAGAAAGCGUUGUCGAGCAGCCCCUUGUGGAUCUGUCACACUUGACGUUCCUGCCAGCAACCUGCAAGCGCUUCUUCUUGCGCUUGCUGGUGAGGAAGCGCCCCAGCGGACGGCAGGUCUCUCCUGAAGGGAGGAACAGUCAGCACACGAGGGGCAAUGCAGACUAUUGA